AUGGUGAAACAAUGCGGAGCGCUCAAGCCUGAAGCCAUCCGUCAGGAGUGCUCAAGCCUGGAGCCAUCCGUCAGGAGCGCUCAAGCCUGGAGCCAUCCGUCAGGAGCGCUCAAGCCUGGAGCCAUCCGUCAGGAGCGCUCAAGCCUGGAGCCAUCCGUCAGGAGCGCUCAAGCCUGGAGCCAUCCGUCAGGAGCGCUCAAGCCUGGGGCCAUCCGUCAGGAGCGCUCAAGCCUGGAGCCAUCCGUCAGGAGCGCUCAAGCCUGGAGCCAUCCGUCAGGAGCGCUCAAGCCUGGAGCCAUCCGUCAGGAGCGCUCAAGCCUGGAGCCAUCCGUCAGGAGCGCUCAAGCCUGGAGCCAUCCGUCAGGAGCGCUCAAGCCUGGAGCCAUCCGUCAGGAGCGCUCAAGCCUGGAGCCAUCCGUCAGGAGCGCUCAAGCCUGGAGCCAUCCGUCAGGAGCGCUCAAGCCUGGAGCCAUCCGUCAGGAGCGCUCAAGCCUGGAGCCAUCCGUCAAGAGCGCUCAAGCCUGGAGCCAUCCGUCAGGAGCGCUCAAGCUUGGAGCCAUCCGUCAGGAGCGCUCAAGCCUGGAGCCAUCCGUCAGGAGCGCUCAAGCCAAGAGCCAUCCAUCAGGAGCGCUCAAGCCUGGAGCCAUCCGUCAGGAGCGCUCAAGCCUGGAGCCAUCCGUCAGGAGCUCUCAAGCCUGGAGUCAUCCGUCAGGAGCUCUCAAGCCUGGAGGUGUCAUUGAAGGCACAGCAGCACAACAGCUUUCCCUCACCCCCUCCAGCCAUCAACCACCCACCACACUCCCACAAACACCCUGCCGUGAAGUAGGGCGCAAAAAAGGGUAG